AUGAGUGCUUAAUUAGUUGAAAGACUUUACAAGUCUCUGUACAGUUCUACUCACAACAAGAUAAUUUGUGCUGGAAGAAAUUUCUUUCACUCAGCAUCAGUUGAGUCAGGAAGACACAAAGGAAUAAAUAAUGAGUUAGUAAUAUUUGACAAGACUUUUAACUCAAUUAUGAGGUCUGGAGAAGUUUUAUAUCUACAGCGAGAGAAUAAAAUUCAUCAUGGGGUUGAGUUAGGAUUUAUGAUAGGAAUGACUGGCAAGAACAUUAAGCCAGAAGAAUAUGAUAAAUACAUCGAAGGCUAUUUUAUUGGAAUUGAUUUUACUGAUAAGGAUUUGCACACGACUGCAAGGAAAAAUGGAUCACCAUGGACAAUGGCAAAAGCUUAAGAUGGAUUCUUGGCAGUUAGUGGGUUCGUAGCAAAGCAUAAGAUUAGAAAUCCUCAUGAUUUAGAAAUCUAGUUGAAGAUUAAUAAAUAGCAUACCUAAAGAGAGAAUACGAGGCAAAUGAUUACACAGAUUCCUGAGUUGAUAUCGCAUAUCUCGUAAUAUGUAACUCUAAGAGAGGGAGAUCUUAUAAUGACCGGAACUCCAUCGGGAGGAGGUGAAGCAAGUGCAGGUGAUUUUAUAGAAGUUAGUCUUAGACAAUAGAAUAAAGAUUUGGCAAAUUUAUUUAUGAAGAUCGAUAAAAUACAUUAAUGA